AGGUGCAGAGCAGCUGGGCUCUCUUGGCAGUCACCAUGAGGGUGCGGGUCCUGCUCUGCUGCCUGGCGGCUUCGCUCCUGCUCUCAGGACAGGCAGAACUGCAAGUCUCUGCUUCGGGUGGCACAGAAGAUGUUGGCAAUUUGUUGGAGAGUCAUUUCUCUGCUGGAGACGCAAGUCUAGAGGAGAAAGAAAGGGCGCUUUAUGCAGAUGCGGCCCCAGGAGACGAGAAUCUACUCCUUCACUACCCAGAUGGCAGGGAGGCUGAGAGCCCUGAGAAGACUGCUGCCGGGGCCCCUCCGGCCGCCACCGGCCCCGGCUCCGAUCCCGAAGCCAGCCUCUCCAAUGCCUCAGCCACAGAGUCAGCUCCUCCUGAGGACAGGGAUGCUGCAGGGCCUGGAGAGGAAGCGGAGGGCCCCCCAGCAGCAAAUGUCCUUCCUCCAGGAGGGGAUGAGGGACCUGGGGAAGAAGAAGGGCCAGGAGAGGAGGCAUCUGGGCUUGAGCUCCCCUUGCAGGGAGCUGCCCUUGGUGGGGCAGAAGAACAAGCUGGGAGUGGUGAGGUCCCCGAGGAAGCUGAGGAGGUCCCAGGGGACAGCCAGCCUGAGGCGGAAGGGGGCUCUCCUGGCUUAGCAGGCGAGGAGGUCCACGGCCUGGGCUCGGGGGGUACAGGCGGCCCAGGGCCUGGCCAGGAGCCAGCAGUGCUGGAGGGAGCCCCUGAUGCCGUGGCUGUGGGAGAAGUGCUGGCCAACGUGGACUCGGGAGCCAGGGCAGGCACCGAGGCCCAGGGUGUGCCCGGCACAGACACGGAGGCCAGUGCAAAAUCUGGGGGUGCCCAGAGCCCGCAGGCGGGGGGCUCUGAGGAGGACAUGGAUGAGGCCUCCUCUGAAGAAGAGUCUGGCGACAACAGUGGAAUCCAGGAAGAAGGAGGAGUCCCAUCUGCAGAAGAGUCGGGAGAAGACAGCGGCAAUGGGGCUAGUUCAGAAGAAGCGGAGGGCGCCUCCGAAGAGGCUGGGGAGCCCCAGGAAGCAGCAGGAACCGAGAGCGAUGGGGACGAAGGGGCCCGGCUUGGCUCAGAGGAAUUGAGUCAGGGGCCCAAGGGUGGUGAGGCCCAGGAUGCUGGGGCAGAGGAGCUGGAGGAGGGACUUCAGGGGAAGGGGACUUCCACAACUGCUCCCCAGGAAGAGACAGAGGAUGUGAAUGAGGAAGUCCUGAUGAGGGACCGCUCCCACAUUGAGAAAACGCUGAUGCUGAAUGAGGACAAGCCCUCCGAUGAUUACUCUGUGGUGAUGCAGCGGCUUCGAAAGAUCUACCACGCAUCCAUCAAGCCCCUAGAGCAGUCUUACAAAUACAACGAGCUUCGGCAGCACGAGAUCACAGAUGGGGAGAUCACAUCCAAGCCAAUGGUGCUGUUCCUGGGACCGUGGAGUGUUGGUAAAUCUACCAUGAUAAACUACCUCCUUGGGUUAGAAGACACUCGCUACCAGCUCUACACAGGUGCUGAGCCCACCACCUCCGAGUUCACGGUCCUCAUGCACGGGCCCAAGCUGAAGACCAUCGAGGGCAUUGUCAUGGCUGCCGACAGCGCCCGUUCCUUCUCACCCCUUGAAAAGUUUGGCCAGAAUUUCCUGGAGAAGCUGAUUGGCAUUGAGGUUCCCCACAAACUUCUGGAGCGAGUCACUUUUGUGGAUACCCCAGGCAUCAUUGAGAACCGCAAGCAGCAAGAAAGAGGCUACCCCUUUAACGACGUGUGCCAGUGGUUCAUCGACAGAGCUGACCUCAUCUUCGUUGUCUUUGACCCAACCAAGCUGGAUGUGGGCCUGGAGCUGGAGAUGCUCUUCCGCCAGUUGAAGGGACGUGAGUCCCAGAUAAGGAUCAUCCUGAACAAGGCGGACAGCCUGGCCACCCAGAUGCUCAUGCGGGUUUACGGGGCCCUCUUCUGGAGCUUGGCCCCUCUCAUCAAUGUCACGGAGCCCCCAAGGGUUUACGUUAGCUCCUUCUGGCCAGAAGACUAUAAGCCAGAUACCCACCGGGAACUGUUCCUCAAAGAAGAGAUCUCCCUCCUGGAAGACCUGAAUCAAGUGAUUGAGAACAGGAUGGAGAACAAGAUUGCCUUCAUCCGCCAGCACGCCAUCCGGGUCCGCAUUCAUGCCCUCUUGGUUGACCGCUAUCUGCAGACAUACAAGGACAAAAUGACCUUCUUCAGUGAUGGAGAACUGGUCUUUAAGGACAUUGUAGAAGAUCCUGAUAAAUUCUACAUCUUCAAGACCAUACUGGCAAAGACCAAUGUCAGCAAAUUUGACCUUCCCAACCGGGAGGCCUACAAGGACUUCUUUGGCAUCAACCCCAUUUCCAGUUUCAAACUCCUCUCUCAGCAGUGCUCCUACAUGGGAGGUUGCUUUCUGGAGAAGAUCGAGCGGGCCAUCACCCAAGAGCUUCCCGGCCUCCUGGGCAGCCUCGGGCUGGGGAAGAAUCCAGGUGCUCUCAACUGUGACAAAACAGGGUGUGGUGAGACCCCGAAGAAUCGCUACAGAAAGCACUAGGUUGUUGUGUGGCCGGUCUCAGGUUCCUGUUGGUGAAUGAGCUUGUGUCCUAACUGUGUCUGAGAAGUCCUGGUGUAUUAACCCUUUGAGCCACACUGGUGAGAAUUAUUACACAUUGGAGAUUUGGGAGUUCACUGAGGCCAGUGGUGGGGGAAGGUCCACGGGUCUCGGGAGGAGAGUGCAAACUGUGAAUUACAGUGUGCUUGUCUUGUUGCUUCAAUGAAGAGGCCUGAUUGAGGCAAGUCAGGCUCCACCUGCUUUUCCUGGGUCCUGUCUCGAGGGACAGAGAGCAGCUAAAUCCUAGUGUGUACUAAACCAAUGAGGGUCAAAUAAGCUAAAUGCAGCUGAAAUUCCUUUUCCCUUAUAAGCUGGGAAAGUAGUGAAGACCUGUGUCUUAGAGGGCUUCUCAGGUCCAUUUGGACGUCCUUUCGUACACACACAGUCUUCUGUUUGUCCCCAACCCUCCUAAGCUUGGGUUGACUUUCAGUAGUGGACAGUCUCUGGGGUCUGAAUCUACCUGGGUUUUGAGCCUACCCAGGACCUCUUCCCUGUUCCUCAGGGCAGUGCGGUGGUUUAGGACACCAGAAAAUGGAGAGAGAACAAGCCUUCCCAGGUUAGGUUAAGGAUCUGCCUUCCCCAGUGCCAUUUCUCUGAUGUCGUCCUCAAAGCCAGCUGGAGAACUUGGUCCAUUUAUCGGUCCCAAGAGGAGGGUGAGUGGUCAGUAUAUUCAGGUAACAUACCUCUUGGUUGUGUCUUAAGUGAAGGUCCUGGAAGGGCUCAGAGGGUUAAUUGGUUUGCAGUGUGUCUUUGUCUAUUGCAUGUCUUGGAAAACUCAGAUCCCAAAGGCGUUGGGUUUCAGAGAGAACGGUGGAGACCUUGCUCCUUUUUGUUAGGGACUUCGCUGGACAGCCAGCCUCUCCCAAAUUUAAGAGGAGGCUGUUUCCACAACUUCUCUGAGGAAACACUUGGCAGAGGAGUUGUUCCUUCCCAGUUUCCAGUACCAUGGUUUUUCCUUUCCUUUCUUCUCCAUUCCCUGAUCCAUCAACACUUAAAAUUCAGAGAAAUUUCCUAGGAGUCAGAACCAGCACCUGCCACUUGGUGUUGAUGGCAACUGAGGCUUAACAUUCAGCUUCCCAGCUGGACCGGCUGCAGAUACCCACGGAACGCACCAUGGGAAAGCCAGGGCCUUCGAAUGCCAGCGAGUGUGAAUAUGUGUGUCUGUUGUCUGAGAGAGAUUAGGGAGAUAACAUGUACUCGAGGGCAUAGAGAAAGGACUCAUGAGAGUCCUAUAUGGCUCAGAGGGUGGCGGGGAGGAGGGCCGGGGCUUGGGGGAAGGAGCAGCCUUGUGUUAAACUGUGUUCAGUGAACAGCCUGUGCCCAGGAGGGCAGCCCAGGGCUCUUCAGGGGCUCCUGUGCUUCCCCUGGGCACAAGUGGUCCUGGGGGCCUUGACCACAGGCACGAGUCAGGAUCCACCAGCACCAGGAAAUCAUCCCGGACCAGAAGGAAAGUAGAAACAAAGGCAGAGUGAGAGGCACUCUGAGGAUUAGGCAGUGUAAGCAAGUCGGUAUUCGGUGAGGUCCACAUGAGAGCUGCAGUUUUGGGGCAUUCCUGUUCCCUAGAAUCACUAGCAUUGCGGGUGAGCUGCCAGGGAGGCUGUAGCCUUUGGCUUUGGAGAGUGCGUGACUCUCCUGCAAGAAAACCUGAGGCUUCAAAGUGUCAGGAAAGAAAAGUGAGUUCCCUAAGGUGCAUCCAAGGAGCCUGGUGAUUCAGGGCUGAUGAGCUGGAAUGUGUCCUGGACUUUUCUUCUCAUUAAAAAAAACACCCCAAAACCAAAACCCAAAUAUCAUUCGCCUCAUCUCCACAUCAUUUGCCCUGUUGGCAGGGUGCAAGCUGCUUCCCGCCCAUGAGCUGCUUUGGCAGAUCUGUUUUUCUCGGCACAGUCAGGGAAAUAAAAAAUGCAGACCUGUGUGGGCAUUGCCUUAGUUGUCAAUGUCACCACUGCUGGGGGGCGGCGGGGAGUGGGGCUAAUACGUUUAUAGAAUAUUUGUAUUUUCAGAGGGGCCACAUCAGUGUGCUCCCCACACCUGAGGUUUCUUCCCUCCAUCUGUUUUCCUCUUGGUGUCCCUUCUCUCUCACUCUGUUGUUCUUCUCACCAUUGGACUUACCUUCUCUCUGCUGCCCACAGAGAUCAGUCAGCAGAGACGUUAGUGCCUGGUUUCUGGCCAGCUCUGUGGAGGUGGGUUCCAAGCAGAAUUUGGACUCUUUCCGGGGAGGAGGUUGGGAGCUGGGGAAAUAAGAUCCAGAGAUUCCCCCAAGAGGAGUAUCUGUAAAUAUUUAUGCCUGAACAGUUGCUGAACCUUUCCAGUGUUCUUAGAUUCUGACGUCAUCAGGGAGAAAGUCUCAAUAAAGUUCCAAUCUCUCUUUAA